AUGGACGUGGAUACAGAUGGGAGGAAUUCACGAUCCCGCAGUCGAUCAGUAGGUUCAGAGUCGAAGAUGUCCCACGACGGUUCCGCGCGCUCCAGAUCCAGGUCCAGUUCGCGCUCCGGGAGCGGGUCGCGCGCCUCCUCGCGCUCUGGCUCGCGGAGCUCGAAGAACUCCGCAGCGAGGAACAGGUCUCGCAGCGGCUCCCGCGCCAGAUCGCGCUCCGCGAGCGGAUCACCGGCUAGGUCGAGGUCCAGGAGCGGCUCCGGUUCGCACAGCAGGUCACGGUCGAGGAGCGGAUCACCGGCAAAGUCUCGCUCCAGGAGUGGGUCUCCAGCAAAGUCCCGCUCUCGCAGUGGUUCCCCAGCAAAAUCGCGCUCUCGGAGCGGGUCCCCGGCAAAAUCACGCUCUCGGAGUGGGUCCCCGGCAAAGUCCCGUUCUCGCAGUGGGUCCUCGGCAAAGUCUCGCUCCCGCAGUGGGUCCCCGGCAAAGUCCCGUUCACGCAGCGGCUCCCGCGCCAAGUCCGGCUCGAAGUCGCGCAGCCGAUCGAGAAGCGCUCCGCCGAACAAGUCCAAGUCGAGGUCAAGGAGCAAGUCUCCCUUCGAUGUCCGUGCCCACAGCAAGUCCCCCGAGAUGAUGGACCAGGAUGAGGAAGAUCAGCGAGGUCGCAAAAGGAAACGUUCGCGAUCUGGAUCCGGCUCGCCGCCCGCCUCCAAGUCCCGCGGCAAACGGCGCUCAGCGUCUCGCUCCAAAUCGCGCUCCAAAUCUCGCUCUAAAUCUCGCUCCAAAUCACGCUCCAGAUCCCGCUCCAGGUCUCACUCGAAAUCCCGUUCCAAGUCCCGUUCCAGGUCCCGCUCAAAGUCCGGGUCACGCUCUCCGUCAAGGUCGCGAGUCCGCUCGCGCUCAAAGUCCCGUUCCAAGUCCCGCUCAAAGUCCGGGUCACGCUCUCCGUCAAGGUCGCGAGUCCGCUCGCGCUCAAAGUCCCGUUCCAAGUCCCGCUCAAAGUCCGGGUCACGCUCUCCGACAAGGUCGCGAGUCCGCUCGCGCUCAAAGUCCCGUUCCAAGUCCCGCUCAAAGUCCGGGUCACGCUCUCCGUCAAGGUCGCGAGUUCGCUCACGCUCAAAGUCCCGUUCCAAGUCCCGCUCAAAGUCCGGGUCACGCUCUCCGUCAAGGUCGCGAGUCCGCUCGCGCUCAAAGUCCCGUUCCAAGUCCCGCUCAAAGUCCGGGUCACGCUCUCCGUCAAGGUCGCGAGUCCGCUCGCGCUCAAAGUCCCGUUCCAAGUCCCGCUCAAAGUCCGGGUCACGCUCUCCGUCAAGGUCGCGAGUGCGCUCGCACUCAAAGUCCCGUUCCAAGUCCCGCUCAAAGUCCGGGUCACGCUCUCCGUCAAGGUCGCGAGUGCGCUCGCGCUCAAAGUCCCGUUCCAAGUCCCGCUCAAAGUCCGGGUCACGCUCUCCGACAAGGUCGCGAGUCCGCUCGCGGUCCAAAUCACGAUCGAGGUCACGCUCUGGAUCGGCCAAGUCACGUUCCAGAUCGCGUUCGCGUUCCGGAUCGGGCUCACCGUCGCACAGGGUCGACAAGAAGCGGCGCACCGUGCGGCUGGAGUCGGACGACGAGGGCGAGGCGGCCGGGGUGCGUCCGGCGGGAGGGGUGGCGCAGGCGGGGGGCGAGGGCGGCGAGGGGGCGGAGGGGGCGCAGGGGGCGGAGGGGGCGAGGCAGCCCGAGCAGGCGGCGCCGGCGGAGCGGGAGCGCGACUCGUCCGACGACGACGUCGCGCCGGACUCGAAGAGCCUGGAGGCGACGGGCGGCAUGUCGGACUUCGAGCUGAUGCUGGCGCGCAAGCGCGAGGAGCGGCGCGGCCGGCGGCGGCGGCGCGACAUCGACAUCAUCAACGACAACGACGACCUGAUCGCGCAGCUGCUGCAGCAGAUGCGCCAGGCGGCGGAGCAGGACCGCGAGCUCAACCGCCGCAACCAGCCCGCCGUGCGCAAGGUGUCCAUGCUCAAGGGCGCCAUGUCGCAGCUCAUCAAGCGCGACCUGCAGCUGGCCUUCCUCGAGCACAACGUGCUCAACGUGCUCUGCGACUGGCUGGCGCCCAUGCCCAACCGCGCCCUGCCCUGCCUGCUCAUCCGCGAGAGCAUCCUCAAGCUGCUCAUGGACUUCCCCUCGAUCGACAAGUCGCUGCUGAAGCAGUCGGGCAUCGGCAAGGCGGUGAUGUACCUCUACAAGCACCCCAAGGAGACCAAGGCGAACCGCGAGAGGGCGGGCCGGCUCAUCUCCGAGUGGGCGCGGCCCAUCUUCAACCUCUCCACGGACUUCAAGGCGAUGAGCCGCGAGGAGCGGCAGGCGCGCGACGAGGCGAUGGCGGGCGCGCGCCGCCGGGAGGAGGAGGGCCCCUCCGCCUCGGGCCCCUCCGCCUCGGGCCCCUCCGCCGCGGGCCCCUCCGGCCCCUCCGGCUCGGGCCCCGCGAGGCGCGACGGCCACGCGGCGCACCCCGCCCACGCGGCGCACGCGCACGCGGACGCAGACAGGGCGGCGCGGCCGGGUGAGCCGGGCUGGGUGGGGCGCGCCAGGGUGCCGCUGCCCUCCAACAAGGACUACGUGGUGCGGCCCAAGUCCACCUGCGACGCCGACAUGUCCAGGAUGAGCAAGAAGAAGAUGACGCGCUAUGAGAAGCAGAUGAAGAAGUUCAUGGACCAGAAGCGGAUGAAGAGCGGCUCGCGGAGGGCCGUCGAGAUCUCCAUCGAGGGCCGCAAGAUGGCGCUC